GCCGGUUCGUCGAUUGUCACCCGCGGCGCGUGUGCGUCCGUUUUUAUCGUCCGUCGGUCGCACAUAACAACACGCGUUUCACGAGAUUCCGCGCGCGCACACACACACAUCACUACACUGCAAUGCUGCAAUAUUAUUGUGGUACCAGCGAUUUUUUAAAAUUAUAAUAUUGUAAUAAUUUGCCGUGCCAGUAGACGUCUGUGUCGAAAGUCAGUAUACGUCUCGUACGUCAAUAUAAUUAUAUAUAUAUAUAUAUACACAUUAUACAUGUUGUAAUAAUGUCGUCUGUGUGAUAUCGCGGACACGAUGUCGGAACAAUGACUAUUAUUGUAAACAUUGACGAAAACAAAAUAUCAAUAAUGUAUAUGAUAAUAUAGCAAUCUGCCGUAUUAUAAUACCGACACGACCGAGCCAAUAAUAUAGUGUCGUCGUUAUUUUUCCGCGGACGAUAACUCCAUUAUCGUACAUAUCGCCGCGACUUUCGAUCGUUGUACACGCGAUAAACCCGUUCGAUAUUAUUAUACAUUGCCAUCGUCGCCGUCGUAUUCAAACCGUUCACUGCGCUAUCGGUUCGGCAUUCGCGCGUGCGACUAUACCGCGACCGCGGUAUAGCAGACCGGGUAAGAGGAGGCGAAAGGUCCGUUGCAGACAUUGCGUUUCGGCGUCCGGCGCGUAGGUAUAUGGUGCCGGCGAUGGAACAGAACUUUACUCUGCGGCCGUGCGCCACGGACUUUUCGGUGGCCGCCAUACUGGCGCGGCGCGACCAGGGCGCAGUGGCCGCGGCCGCCGCCGUAGCAGCGGCUGCCGCGAUCGCGGGAAAGCAGCCCGCCGCGGCCACCGUUACGGCCGCCGCCGUCGCCGACGAACAGUCGUCGUCGUCCUCGUUGUCCACGCCGUCGCCGCCGGACGACGGCGACGACCGGGACCAGCGCCGUCACCACGUGCACCACCAUCACAAUCACCACCGCCGCCGACACCAUCAGACCGUUGCCGCCGCCGCCACUGACGACGACGAAGACGGAAAACCGCUGAGGAAACGGCGUCUCAGCAGCGACACGAUCCGAUCGUCCCGCGAUUCGCCGGCCGACGAGAUAGUAAUAUCGUCGUCUACGUCCAGCCCGCCGCCGCCGGUCGUGGCGACCACCGCGGUGGCAAAUCCGGUGCUCGAGGAACGGUGCAACUCGGAAGAGCUGCAGCACGUCAGCUGCCGGUUGGAAACCAAAGAUCUGUGGGACAAGUUCAACGAGCUCGGCACCGAGAUGAUCAUCACGAAAACGGGCAGGAGGAUGUUCCCGACUGUCCGGGUAUCGUUCACCGGGUUGCGGGCGGACCAGCGGUAUGCUGUGCUCAUGGACAUCGUACCGGUAGACAACAAGCGUUACCGUUACGCGUACCACCGUUCUUCGUGGCUAGUGGCCGGCAAGGCGGACCCACCCGCCCCGCACAGGCUGUACACGCACCCCGACUCGCCGUUCACUGGCGAUCAGCUGCGAAAGCAGGUCGUGUCAUUCGAGAAGGUCAAGCUCACCAACAACGAGAUGGACAAGCACGGACACUUGGUGUUAAAUUCGAUGCACAAGUACCAGCCACGCAUACACCUGGUGAAGAGAAACGGCGAGUCGACGGCCGGACAUUCCGUCGUGGACUUGGAAUCCGAAGAAUAUAAAACGUUCGUGUAUCCGGAAACGACGUUCACGGCUGUCACUGCGUACCAGAACCAAUUGAUAACCAAGUUGAAAAUCGACAGCAAUCCAUUUGCCAAAGGUUUCCGGGAUUCGUCGAGGCUGACCGAAUUCGAAAGGGAAACGAUGGAGUCGAUGUUGAGCGAGCACCAUAUGCUCAGGACGCCGUUGUUGGACCCGGGCGGCGGUCUCAGUCAGCUGACCGCCGAAGAACGGGCUGUGCUGGCAGCCAGGUCACAGCUGUUCCUGCGGGCGGCAGCGGCCGCGGCCGCAGUGAGCGGCCCGUACGGCCCGUUAUGCGGCAUAUACAACGCGGCCGCGGCGGCCGGCGGCCAACACCUGUGGAACCAGUGGGCGUCCAUGCAGGGCCCGGCCGGUCUCUACCAACAGUUGGCCGCGGCCGGCGGCGGCGGUCCCACGGCCAUGGCGGCGGCUGCGGCCGCUGCAGCCGCCGCCGCUCAUCAUCAGCAGCAGCAGCAGCAGCAGCACCACCACCAUCAGCAGCAGCAGCAGCAACAACAACAACAACAACAACAGCACCACCAUCACCAACAACAACAACAACAACACCACCAGAGUUUGUACCAACAACACCAAGCGGCGGCAGCGGCCGCUAACGGAUUCAGGUUUUCGCCGUACUUGGUGACACCGCCACAACUGUCAGCGGUGCCGGCCGCGGUCCGGUCGCCGUCGCCGUCCUCGCCGGACACGGCCUGUUCGUCAGACCGUUCGCCUCUCGGUGGCGGCCACCGGACGACGCCGCACUAGUAACACCGGAAGCAUCCUUCCCGCGUGCAUGUGCGCUGUAGACCGGAAACGAUUCGUGUAUUAUAUUUUUGUUUACAUUUAUACGAUAAUAAUACUAUAGUGUAUCUGUAAAAAUGGCAAACGGUAAAAAAAAAAGAAGUCCGAGUAAAAAAAUUGUUUAAAAUAAAUAGAUACUUAAACUAAAUGAUUUUAUUCGUCAAAUUAUUUUUUGAUUUAUAUUCAUAUGGAUUUCCUUCGUUUGGCCAUCGGAUUUUGAUCGUUGUUUAUUCAUAUAUAUUUUUCCUAAUAUCCCGUAAGACUUCGGACCUCCGAGUCGGGUUUGCAAUGUGUAUAAAACAAUAUAUAUAUAUAUAUUAUUAUCGUGUACAGCGUUUUUCGUCUGUUAGUUUUCGCGAUGACGGUCGACGGCCGUCGUCCCGGAUUUCCGGUAUUCUACGGCCGAAACACUGGCCGGAAACGGGUCGAGUGUAGUCAAUCGAUGAUCGCCGAUGAUAGAUUGUACGACCGAUGCCUUUUCACCGUUUUGUAUAUAUAUAUAUAUAUAUGUGUAUGGGAUUAUGCCAUACCGGUGCUGAUGACGGAAAACGUUCAAAGUUUCUUUUUUUCUUUUUCCAUUUUUAAUUUCCUUUUUAACGUUAUCAUUAUUACUAUUAUGUAUAUUAUGUACAUCACCAUGUCGAUGAUGGUCGAUUUACCGCAAGUGUGACUCGAUAUGUCGUUGUAUUAUUCGUUUUAUUAUUAUAAUUAUAAUUAUUAUUAUUAUUAUUAUUAUUACGUAUUUUCGAAUGUCCGACGCCGCCGUCGGUCUUUUAAACGAUAUUUAACAUACCGUGAUGAUGUCGUGCUUGAGAUAAUAAUAUAUUAAUAUUAUUGUCGUACGUGUCGAAUCGUUCAACAACAAUAUUAUUACCUACCUAUAUAUUAUACAUUAUUAUUAUUAUUAUUAUUAUUAUUAUUGAAUAUUAUUAUGUUAUUAUCAUCAUUAUAAAUACUAUUGUGUUUUACUCGCACCAGCGUUUCGCGUAUCCACCGCCAGAACAUUGAAAUACUAUAUGUGCUUGUGUCUGUCUAUACCUAUUAUUAUGUAAGUACGUCAUAUUAUAUAACGAAAAAACUACAAUAAUAUUAUCUGUAUAAUCCGUAAUAUAUAUUUUAUGUAAUAAUAUGUUUACAAAUAAA